ACAAUUAUUCAGGAUCGGAUUAACAGUCACAGUUUAAAAAAAGGUUAAUUUGGAAGAAUCAACGUGCAUUUGAUGAAUGAAUAUUGUGUGUAAUAAACUCUUUGGAGUUUUUUGAAGAGAAUAGAAUCCCUACAAACACUGGAAAGAACAGAUGAAGCUUUGCUCUGGAUCGAUCGACUAAGUUUUCUUGGUUUCCUUCCUAUGGGUUAUAUCUCCCUCAUUGAGCCUAUCCCCAAAUACUACAUUCUGAUACAAAUAGCCCUGACCAGGAAACUGAGUCACGUGCCUUCACUUCCGGGCAUGAGGCCCAUUGCGUUACUGGAGCAGGGCGAUACCGACUGCACAAUUCCGGCUCAUGCCCCGCCCACAGCCCCGAAACGGAAGUUGCCGUUACCCGGGAGACGGGGCCUUCUCAGUGGGGUUGUCUACGGCGAACGUUCUACCAGCUGGAGUGACUGUGUUAGGUCUGGUACUCGUCUUUCAACUGAUUAGAGUUUGUGAGCCAGCAUCAUGGCAUUGAGCCAUUCUAUUAAAGAACGAACAAUUGCAGAAAACAGCCUCAUCAUCCUUCUCCAGGGGAUACAUAACCACGUUACCACUGUGGAGCUUAGAGACGAGAGCUCAGUGAGAGGACGCUUUGUGAAUGUUGAUGCAUUCAUGAACAUCCGGCUAGCUGAAGUUACAUACACUGACAGACAGGGCAGAGUGUCAAACCUGGAUGACUUCUUUGUGACUGGCAGAAAUGUACGUUAUGUUCACAUCCCAGAUGAGAUUGAUAUAAUUGAGACUGUCCAGAACCAACUGCAGAAAAUCCACCGAGUGCGUAACUUUGGAGGGAAAGAUCGAGGAAGGAGAGAAUUUCCAUCAAGAAAGUAGCAAUGUGCUGAUCCUGAGAUGCGCUAUCAAAACUUGGUGAUGCAUAUGGGGGACAUAAAGGACAAGAUCAGAACUCAGUGAUGUUGGGGUGUGUAUCAGGACAAUGCAGUCUUUGGGGUUUCUGAGGACUGGAUGGUGUUUGGAUGGGGGUUAUAAGGACUGUGUGCUGUUUGAGAGACUGAUUAUCAGGACUAAGUGGUGUGUGCAGGGGUGAAUACCAUGACUGUAUGGUGUUUGGGGCUGUGUGUGUAAACAUUAUGACUGUGCAGUGUUUGCAGGGGCUGGAGUGUUGGCUAUCUGAACUUGAUGUUUUGGGGAGGGUGGGUGGGUAUCUGAACUGGGUGUUUUUUUUCAGGAGGAUGGAUAGCCAGACUGGUGUUUGGAGAGUGUUUAUUUAGGCUAGAGAGUGGGCAUCUGAUUGGGGGGUAUUGGGCAGUGGUGGGGUAGAUAUCUGGACUGGGUGGCAUUUGUGGAGCGUGGAGAUCAGGACUGGCCGGUGUUUGGGGGUGUGGCUAUUAGGAUGGAGUGGCGUUUGGGCACAGGACAUUAGGGAUCAGUGGAGUAUGGUGACUGAUCAUUGUGGCUGUGGAUUUGUAUGCCUGCCCAAUUGGUCUGAUAAGACUGGCAGCAAUCCUUAUCGCCAUGCUGGAAAGUUAUACUUUCACACUCCACUGAAAAAUGUGUGGGCCAGAAGUAUUCUAGAGCAGCACUGAGAGACAGCUGCGAGCAUUGUUGGAUUUGCCAUCUUACCACAGUAUCAACUGUUUCAGUGGUUAACGUGACAAUACAGCUCCAUUGGCAGUUUUGGAAGAACGGAAGUUACUAGUUCAUGUAUAGAUUCUACAUAAACAUUAAUUUUACCUUGGGAUCUUGCUGUGUUGUACAGCUGCUGCAUCCCAAAACAGUUCAGUGACUUGCACUUUAAAUUCCAUGUAUUUCUUCACAGUUGAAGUAUUCUAAGUUUUCUUUUAGAUGUGGAAGGAUGAUAUACAAAUACAAGUUCUAUCUCAAACACUGCUGUUGUGUUUAUGGAUGUGCUCCUAAUAGAUGAUUGGAUAAUUCAGUUAGAUUUCCUGAAACACUUGAGAAUCCGUGCUGCCAUGUCCAUGGUUUCUGUCUGCCUGUUGUGUAGAUCAGCAGGAUCCCUGUGUAUUUGAAUCAAACACUGAUAAUAAUAAGCGGUGAUGGUUAGUAUCGUCACUGGUCUGUCUCCUCUCCAAACAGUGCUUGGUAAAUAGAAUGAACGGUAGAAGAAAAUGCUCCCAUUAUGUGUCAGUUACUCCACUGCAGUCAUUAUCAUUAUACUACAGGCCAAUCAUACCCAUACUGACAAUUCAAUACAAUAAUAUGCUUGUAUGAAUAUCUUCUUUUAACAUUGAUGCCCCCACAAGUGAAUAUCAUGUCCAUGUGUGUCUCCCCUUAAGUCACAUGGUAGAGAACCCAAUCCAGAGUUCGUGUUGGCAAGGACAGAGUCUGAAGUGUUUGUCAUAAGUGUGGUCAUUUAAUUCAACUGAUAGCAAGCACUGCUAAACCAGUGACUGUGCUGAGCAACCAUAACAAUUUUGUAGUCACUGUACAUACUUGAAGCUCAACACAAAUUUACAUCAAUUCUUUUCUCAUUCUCUCCCCCUCAAAAAGGGUGAUUCUGUUUGUAGGUAGUUCAGUGAUGACUUGGGUUUUGGGUUAUGAGGGGCAGGAAGCUCUCCUGCUCAGCAGAGGGAAAGGCAUCUUCUCCAACUGGACUCUUGAGUCAGUGUCUGGGUUUUUAAGCGUAAAUCUUACAAGUUAUGCUGUAGAUGUUCACACUAGGUUGGGUGCAUUUUCAGUUAGUGCAGAACUAGUCUUUCUUAUUCAUCCCUAAAUUGUUAACAAGGCUAGUAUUUAUUGUUGAUUUCUAAUUUCCCUUGAGAAAGUGCUGGUCAGCAACUGCAUGGAUCUCAAGUUAGUUAUACUGACAGUGCUAUUAGACCAUUAGGUCAUUCAGGCCAUUGAGUCUGCUCCACUAUUCAAUCACAGCUGGUAUCAUUCUCAAUCCCAUUCUCCCGCCUUCUUUCCGUAAUCCUUGAUUCCCUUACUAAUCAAGAACCUAUCUAUGUCUAUCUGAAAUACAUUCAAUGACUUGGCCUCACAACCUUCUCUGGCAGUGAGUUCCACAGAUUAACCACCUUCUGGCUGAAGAAAUUCCUCCUCGUGUCAAUUCUAAAAAGUCAUACCUUCGCUUUGAGGCUGUGCCCUUGGGUCCUAGUCUCUUCUACUAGAGGAAACAUCCUCUCCACAUCCACUCUAUCCAGGCCUUUCAAUAUUCUGUAAGCUUCAAUAAGAUCCCCAACCUGUCCUCAUAUGAUUCCUGGGAUCAUUCUCGUAACCUUCUCUGGACCCUCUCCAAAACCAGCACAUUUUUCCAUAGGUAUGAGGCCCAAAACUUCUCACAAUAUUCCAAAUACAGUCUGACCCAAGCCUUAUACACCGUUAACAGUACAUCUUUGCUGUUGCGUUCUAGCCCUCUUCAAAUUAGUGCUAACAUUGCAUUUGCCAUAACUGCCAACUGAACCCAUGUGUUAACCUAGAGAAUCCUAACUAGGACUCUCAAUCCCUUUUAACCGCAGAUUUCUGAAGUCUUUCCCUGUUUAGAAAAUAGUUUAUGCCUCUAUUCUUGCUACCAAAGUGCAUAAACUCACACAUUCCCACAUUGUAUUCCAUCAUUCCACUUCUUUGCCCACUCUUCUGGCCUGUCCAAGUUCUUCUGCAACUUCCCCACUUCCUCAACACUAUGUGUCCCUUCACCUAGCUUUGUGCCGUAUGUAAACUUAGCAACAACGCCCUCAGUUCCUUUAUCCAGAUUGUUAAUGUAUAAUGAAUAGUUAUGGUCCCAACACUGACCUCUGCAGAACUCUACUGGUCACUGGCUACCAUCCUGAAAAAGACCCCUUUAUAUCCACUCUGCUUCUACCAGUCAGCCAAUCUAUCCUUGCCAGUACCUGCCCCUAACACUAUUGGCUCUAUCCUAUUUAGCAGCAUCUAUUUGGAAAUCCAAAUAAAUCACAUCCAUUGGCUUUCUGUCUAACUUGCUUGUUACCUCUUCGAAGAAUUGUAACGGAUGGGUCAGGCAUGACUUCCCCUUAAUGAAACCAUGCUGACUCACCCUUAUUUUACCAUGCAUUCCAUUUACUCUGCAAUCUCAGCCUUAAUGGACUCAAAAAUCUUACCAACAACCGAAUUCAGUCUAACUGGUCUAUAGGUUCCUCUUACCCUUCUUAAACAGGCGUGUUACAUUAGCCAUUUUCCAGUACUUUGGUACCCUCCCUAACUGCAGUGAUUCCUGAAAGAUCACCACUCAUACCUUUACAACAAUCUGACUCUGGAACAACAAAGGUACAGUAUAGUUCCACUGGUGAUUGACUUAGGAACUUGCAGAUGAUAGAAACACCAUUCUGUACCUACUGCACUUGUUCUCCUAAGUGCAGUAGGAACAGAAUGGUGGGUUUGAGAGGUGCUGCUGAAGGAGAGUUACAAGAGAGGUGUGUAUUCUUACCGCUCCCUCACUCUUGACCUUCCAGUGUGUUUGUGGUCUUUGGCCAAUGAGAUCACGAGCUGGCAUCAAAUCAUCCAGUGGGAUCAUACCAACAUCCGUCAUUGUUGCCAUGCUGGGAGGUGUAAAGCGCACAGACUCAGUGUUAUGGACCAAACCCUCUUCAAAUAUACCAAGGAGAGAGCCUAGACCUUAACUUAUUGUUAUUUAAAGGCAAAUGUAAGGUGUUGUGCACCAGAGGUAAUUUGAUGGGUUACACUACUCAGUUUUAAGCAAAACACAUUUUAUUCUUACCCUAUAGUUAGAAUACAAACAAAAGAAAGAAGUAUUGAUAUAACUAAUUGUUUUGGAAAACUUAACAGAAUAAUAGAUUAUUUAACUACUAAACGGCAACUGUUCCAAUAUAGUGACAUCCCAUAAACACGCGCUUGGCAAAGGCGAGUUCAGUAAAAUUGAUGCCUCACACAAUCCAGAGAUGUGCAGAUUAGGCGAAUUGGCCAUGCUGAAUUGCCCCACAGUAUCCAGGGAUGUGCAAGCUAGGUGGAUUAGCCAUAGUAAAUGCAGGGUUACAGUGAACAGGUGGGGGACUGGGUUUGGGUGGGAUGCUCUUCAGAGGGUCAGUGCAGACUCAAUGGCCUCUUUUCCACACUGUAGGGAUUCUAUGACUUGUGAUGUUUCUCCAGUCCAGCAGGAAAGAACAUCAAGAAAAUAUUCUGGCAGAGAGAACACAACAGUUUUGCUGUAUCAGGGAGGGAUGCAUGGCAGCUUCAAAACUUAAUGAACUACUGAAAGCUAAACUAAAACCCUGAUUGUGGGAGCCUGACUCUACCCAAUCAUACUGCUUCUACUAUUUCAAAUUUAAAAAUAAAACAAGGCCUCAAAAGCUCUUUAGUACUUAGAAUAGACUGUUCAGUACCUCUGUCUCAAUAUCCCUUCAUAAAAAAAGGACAAAAUACACCUAUUAAAGCCACAGUGACUUCACACUUCCCCCUUUAAAAAACCCAUCGAUAUAUAAAGAUGACUUCAUUUUUAAAAACCUUUCGCCUUACUCUAUUAGUACACUAUAAUACAUUACAUUGACUCUAAGCAUGGAACAUUCAAUAUUAUGGUCCAUUUUAAUCUGUUACUUCCAGCACCGAACAGCUUUGUCUUCCUUCAUCACAGUUGUGACAACACGUCGGCGAUAAUAUUCUCUUGUCUUGCCGUGUGUAUAAUUUGCAAAUUAAAUGACUAAUAAUAAAAUCUA